ACACCGUCAAGACGUUUUCCAAUCUCCUUAACUCCGUUCACCACCCGUACGCCGGAGCCCGCUGCUCUUCGCCCGGAGGCGCAGCGGACUCGCCCUUUAUUCAGUAAAGGGUUGCCCAGAUACCUCAAUUCUAAAUCUAUCAAGGCAUACCGCCAGUAACAGAAAAGCACCAUGGCACCGCACGCCGAAGCAGACGCGGGGGCCGCGUACGGGAACGGAAACUCGAACGGUACCGACAACUCGGCUUCAUCGCCAUCCAGCAAUCUCUUCACGGUCAGCUCUCCCAACGUUACCUACACCGACAAUGAGAUCCUGUCCAAGUAUACCUACCGGACCACCAGCGUCACCCAGGAUGCUGCCGGCAAAUAUGUAGCUACGCCUAAGGAGAUGGUCUACGACUUCAAAGUCGACCGCAAGGUGCCUAAGGUUGGUAUGAUGCUUGUCGGUUGGGGUGGAAACAACGGCACCACCGUGACCGCCGGUAUCAUCGCCAAUCGCCGGGGCCUAGUCUGGGAGACUCGCGAGGGAUCUCGUGCAGCCAACUACUACGGGUCCGUCAUCAUGGGCUCUACCAUGAAGCUCGGUACGGAUCCCAUCACCAAGCAGGAAGUCAACAUCCCAUUCCACGACGUCCUUCCCAUGGUCCAUCCCAACGAUCUCGUCAUCGGCGGGUGGGAUAUCAGCAGCUUGAACCUCGCCGACGCUAUGGACCGUGCUGCCGUGCUCGAACCUACUUUGAAGACGCAGGUCAAGAAGGAGUUGGCCCAGAUGGUUCCUCUCCCCAGUAUUUACUACCCCGACUUCAUCGCCGCCAACCAGGAGGACCGAGCCGACAAUCUCAUUCCCGGGAGCAAGGCCUCUACGGCUCACGUCGAGAAGAUCCGCAAGGAUAUCCGCGACUUUAAGCAGCAAAACGGCCUAGACAAGGUCAUCGUGCAAUGGACCGCGAACACGGAGCGCUACGCCGACAUCAUCCCCGGCAUCAACGACACGGCAGACAACCUCCUCCAAGCCAUCGAGCAAGGGCACGAAGAGAUCUCCCCCUCGACCAUCUUCGCCGUAGCCUGCAUCCUCGAAUCGACGCCCUUCAUCAACGGGUCUCCGCAGAACACAUUCGUCCCCGGCGCCAUCGACCUCGCCUCCCGCCACGGCGCCUUCAUCGGCGGCGACGACUUCAAAUCCGGCCAGACCAAGAUGAAAUCCGCCCUCGUCGACUUCCUCAUCAACGCGGGCAUCAAGCUGACCUCCAUCGCGAGCUACAACCACCUCGGCAACAACGACGGCAAGAACUUGAGCUCCCAGCGCCAGUUCCGGUCCAAGGAGAUUUCCAAGAGCAAUGUCGUCGACGAUAUGGUCGAGGCGAACUCGGUCCUGUAUAAGAAGGGCGAACACCCUGAUCACACUGUCGUGAUUAAGUACAUGCCUGCUGUCGGCGACAACAAGCGUGCGCUGGACGAGUACUACGCCGAGAUUUUCUUGGGCGGCCACCAGACUAUUUCCAUCUUCAACGUCUGCGAAGACUCCCUCCUCGCCUCCCCCUUAAUCAUCGACCUAGUCAUCGUAGCCGAGAUGAUGACGCGCAUCAGCUGGAAGCUAUCCUCGCAGCCCGCGUCCGAGUUCAAGGGCUUCCACAGCGUCCUCAGCAUCCUGAGCUACAUGCUCAAGGCGCCCCUGACGCCGCCCGGGACCCCCGUCGUCAACGCGCUCGCCAAGCAGCGCGGCGCCUUGACGAAUAUCUUCCGCGCUUGCGUCGGCUUGGAGCCCGAGUCCGAUAUGACGCUUGAGCAUAAGCUGUUUUAAGCAGCAGCUAUACUCGGCGUAAGCGUGAUUCUUGGAUUUUUGGAAUAAAGGGAUUCGUCCCGCCACUCGCUUUUAUUCUUCGGUUAUGGCUUUGUCCAGUCGCUUGUGCCACGACGUAACCGCUUUUUUGGGAAAAUCUCUUUUAUGGAUAUAGCUCAACGCUGCCAGAUACAUAUGCAUAGGAUCUCAACAUCCUAGAUAACGAGAAAAUCUACUAUAAAUAAAUUACGCAUUUAUCUAUUUCCUGAAUUGUGUACUG